UUUGAAGGGAGAUCUUUACAGUAAUUAUAACUUAUUAAAUAGCGAUAAAAUGGAUAGAAAUCAUUGUGACAAUAUGGUUUCUACUUCUACUGGUCGAGUAGAGACAUCUGAAGAGUUAGAAAAACCUCUCUUGACAUUAUGUAACGAUGAUAACGAAAAUUUAAAUAAUCCUUCUAUUAGCCAUUGUGAUCGGAAUUCGUUGAAUACCUUCAACGUGAAUUCUCUAAGCGAAAUAAUAGAUGGUUUUGUAAACUAUAAUUUCAGUUUUCCAGGAUACUAUCAAAUGAUGGAACAAAGUAUAUACAGAAAUCCGAAUUUUGAUGAAGAACAAUCUUCAAUGAAUAUAGAAGAAAAUGUAAAUUAUAGUUUAUGUUCAGUAGUAAAAAAUUCUGACAUAGCUAGUUAUUUAAAACAGAGUGACGAAAAAUUAAAUUUGUUGAAUUCUAAACCGGUUGAAACAAUUGAAACUCAAACUUCUAGCAUUGAUAAAUCUAAUGAUCUUUUAAAACCAUUUACAGGAAGUGUGAUAUUUUCAAUACAGGAUCAAAAUGAAGGUUCAGAAGUGCUUAUAAAUAACGAUCAAACAAUCUUUAUUGAAGAAAAUAAUGACAAUCUGAAUUCUCCCAUAAAAAAGAUAAAAAUCUGUAAAAAUGAUUAUAAUGAUAAAAAUUCCAAUACACCCGUGAGACAUUAAGAGAAUGUGUUCCAGAGGAAUGAUAUAAAAAACAUGAUAAAACAAGCAAGAGAAAAUUAAAUAAACGUAAUUGGAUGAGGGAAGAUCCUAUGGAAAAAUAGACAUUCAUGAGCCUGAAUAGGAAAGAGUCAAGACCCUUACUACAGAUAAAGAACGGUACAAUGCCGGUACAACGGUACAAAGAAUGGUAAAAAUUGUUGGAAUUCUGACAGCGUACCAAAUCUUCACUUCACAUUCCUUUGGAUUAAGAAGAAUGAAGAAAGAGGGCAGGCUAUACAAGGACAGCACAGCAUAGUAUUAAUAGAAAGCGAAUGAUUUAAAUACUGAUUUUAUUUUUCAAAUGAAAACAUCUAGUAAUUAAAGCCUAAAUAUUUGUUACAUCAAUCCACAAAUA